GGAUGGGACACGUGUUGGUAUAGUCCGCCUACAAGCUUCGCAUUUUUCCCAUCUGUCGGUUUAAGCUAGUGUAUACGUGAAACUACCACGGUUUUCGUAAUUGCUAUUGAUACUCUAGAAGGAAUAAUUGUUUGACGUUCCACUACACACUGCUACUAGGCUCAACCCGAUCCACGUCACCGAGUCGCUACUGCAAAUUUACCAGUUCAUUUGUUUGGCGGAGUGUUGCACUGGCUGUUCCGAAGAAUAGUGGUCCGCCUGUUCGUUGUGACUCUGUGGAAAAAGUGCGGGUUUAGUUGAAUUGAAAAUUUGUCAACGGUUAAGAUACUAGAGGAAGGUUUUACUUGAGAAUGAAGAUAAGCUUUGUUGUCCUCUGUGGGUUUCUUCUUUUGGGAAGGAUCGUAAGGGCGCAUACGAUUAUCAGUACGGCACUGGGUGAAGUUCGUGGUGUCGUCCUUAGAGCAGAGAACGGGAGGAACUUCACUGGCUUCCUGGGGAUUCGCUAUGCGAAGCCGCCAUUGGACAGUCUCAGAUUCGCUCCUCCGGAAACACCCGAACCCUGGACCGGUAUAUUUAAUGCUACGGUAGAUUCACCGAAAUGCAUUCAAGCAAAUGACUUUUUUGAAAAUGGGUCAGUCAUUGGAUCCGAAGACUGUCUUUAUUUAAAUAUAUACGUGCCUAAGCUUCCACAUGAAGAUGACAGUUAUCCUUAUCCAGUAAUGAUUUGGAUCCAUGGUGGAUCCUGGCUAAGAUGGAGCGGUACCAUGGCUGACUUUCCACCAGGACGAUUAAUGAGAAAGGACCUGAUCCUUGUCAGCAUUAAUUACAGACUCGGCUGGUUUGGUUUCCUCAGCACCGAGGACGAGGUCGUGCCAGGAAACAAUGGCUUGAAAGAUCAAGUAGCUGCGAUUAAAUGGGUCAAGGAACACAUAUCGUCCUUUGGAGGUGAUCCUGACAGGAUCACCCUGGCAGGCCAGGAUACAGGAGCCAUUAGUGCUCAUCUUCAUUCCUUAUCGCCCAAGACUAAAAAAUUGAUUUUCGGAGUUAUUGCUCAAAGUGGCACGGCCCUGGAUCCAAGAACGAUCCAUUAUCCUGGUGAGGCCCUGAACAAGGCCAAGAUCCUUGCUAACUCAUUAUCAUGUUCCAGCGAUGAUAACAGGAGCAUGGUCGACUGCCUGAGAAAUGCCGAGGCCGUCAAGAUCGCACAAUCGAUCAGUUUACUUAGGAUCUGGAAGCACCUGCCAGAUAUUCCACUCAGGGCCGUCGUCGAGCAUUCUCACAGUGAUGCUUUUCUGCUUGAACAUCCUGAAAAGACAAUUCGUAAUGGGAAACAAGCCAGGGUGCCAUUAUUAGUUGGUACUGUGGCUAACGAAGGCACUUUGUACGCUCUAGCCUGGUCAUCAAUUAUCAGAGAACUGAGCAACAACUACAGAACAGUCUUUCCUGUGAUUUUUUCUUACGAGGAAUACCACCUUAAUAACACAGAAAAAAAUGUCACAGAUUCAAUCAAAAAUUAUUAUUUUGAUUCCAACGAAAUUGGUAGCAAUUCUGCCGGGAGAUUAGAAAAGGCCUUAAACACCAGAUUUUACAAAAAUCCUCUUAAUCUCUUGAUCGGCUUGCAACGUGCCAACAAUACUAUUUAUCUCUACAGAUUGAACUACAGGGGAAGCAACUCCUUUGCCAAUCUCUUUGACACGUCCCUGGAGCAUUGCGACAAAGUGUGCCACUACGAUGAUCUACGCUACUUGUUCAAUCUCUCGCGUAUCCUUGGAAAAGUGGAAAAUCACGCAUCGCAAGGAGAAACCUUAAUGAUCGAGAGUAUAACGGAGCUGUGGUACAAUUUCUUAGCGAUCAGAAAGCCUACGCCAGAGACUACGGAAUUACUGCCAGUCAAGUGGGAACACAUUGGACCGGAUCAAAAGGAUCCCAUCCAGGUGCUGAUGAUAAACGGUCCUCAAAAUUUCACUAUGGAAUCGAUUAGUCAGGAUGAGCUAACCAAGGAAUCCUUCUGGAACGAUCUAGCCCUUCCGCAGAGUACGACUUACAAUAUAUCAUCUGCGAGUCGCAUGUCUUUCAAGGAACGCCUUAGUCAUUUUUUCGAAAAUAUCAGAAACGGCUUUAAGAAGGUGUUCGGUUAGAAGAUUAUUCGUGGAUACGAAUAAAGGGCCAGUGCACAACGAGCGAAGAAGACAAGGUACUCAAAACAUAAGAAAAUAUAUAGACGCAAUGUAUAAUAAAAAAUAAAAUAUUGAGAAUGAUA